CUAUCUUUAACCUAAGCAUAUCCACCUCUUCUUCUUCUUCUUCAAAAACCCUCGUCUCCCUUUCCACAAACUUUCAACAAUGGCUCAAACCCUAGCACGAGCCAUGGCCACCGUAACAGCGCGUAACCCUACUCUAUCUCUCCUCCUCCCUAAACGCCUCGUCUCUACCAUAACCAAGCCCCCUUCCGUUCCAUCUCUCAUUCUCGGCCGUCGAACCAUCGCUCCUCUUUCUCAUGCAGUCAAGUCCAUAUCUGUUUCGCACACCCGGUUUACCUCGAUCCGGUGCCGGGUUAACAGGUCCGGUACAUACUCUCCUCUCAACUCCGGUUCGAACUUCAGCGACCGUCCACCCACUGAAAUGGCUCCUCUUUUCCCUGGAUGCGAUUACGAGCACUGGCUUAUCGUUAUGGACAAGCCCGGUGGCGAGGGCGCCACGAAACAGCAGAUGAUUGACUGUUAUGUUGAAACCCUUGCCAAAGUUCUUGGGAGCGUGGAGGAAGCUAAGAAGAAGAUUUACAAUGUGUCAUGCGAAAGAUAUUUUGGAUUUGGUUGUGAGAUUGAUGAGGAGACUUCCAAUAAGCUCGAGGGCUUGCCAGGUGUUUUGUUUGUGCUUCCUGAUUCUUAUGUUGAUCCCGAAAACAAAGACUACGGUGCUGAAUUGUAUGUGAACGGAGAAAUUGUUCAAAGGUCACCAGAAAGGCAAAGGAGGGUGGAGCCGCAGCCCCAGAGAGCCCAAGAUAGGCCAAGAUACAAUGACAGAACCCGAUACGUGCGCCGCAGGGAAAAUAAUCAGUGAUGGAACAAAUAGAAAGCUAGUCGUGUAGAUAAAGAUAAUCAUGGAAGAAAACAGAGUCCUAGUUUUCCUUUGUUUCAGGAGAUUGAAUAUACAAAGGAGAUUAUUUAAGGAUAUGCUUGUGGUUAAUGAAAGUAUGUAUGAGCAUGAAAUCUGUUGUUAUCUGCUGUACUGUCAUGAACUGUAAACAAAGUCAAUGUGCUGUUAAUGGUUAUUAACUUGGAGGCUUUAAAAUUGAUUAUUAUAUGGUAAAGUUGUUUGUUUGGACUUUUAGCAAGACAA